UUGAGGGAAGGACCAGGAGGCUACCAUGCCAUUGCAGCGGUGAGCGCCGUUUGGCUACGUUUUAUGAUUUCGCAAAAGAGUGACGGAGGAAAGGGUUUUUUGGAACCGCGAAAUCUUUUUGAAUCACUAACAGAUACAAAUGUGGAUGUAACUGUUGAGCUCAAAUGACAGACAUGAACUACUGAAGCUGAGAGCAAAGGAAAGCCUUCACUAAGCUCCAGGGAAGAGCUCAAACACUCCCUCCUCUCCCCUCCCUUCCCCCUCCUUCAGACAAAACACACACACACUACCCACCUCACACACCAACCCACCCAACCCAACCCUCACCCACCAAACACUUUCAUCAUGAAGUCCAUAUGGCAGAUAGCACUGCUUGUGUUGCUAUUCUUCGGCACCAACAUCCUCGCAUUCCCCUCCACCCCCACUGCGCCACCACCGUCGGCGCCCCUGCUGCCCGUGGACGCGGGCAACUUCCGGGUGAAGGACGCCAGCCUCACGCACCUCACCGUGCACCACAAGACGGGCGAGGUGUUCGUCGGUGCCAUCAACCGCAUCUACAAGCUGUCGGCCAACCUGACUGAGCUGCGCUCGCACAUGACGGGCCCCAUCGACGACAACGCCAAGUGUUACCCGCCGCCCAGCGUGCGGGCGUGCGCUCACAAGCAGGAGCCCACCGACAACAUCAACAAGCUGCUACUGGUCGACUACUCGGGCAACCGCUUACUAGCGUGCGGCAGCAUCUGGCAGGGCGUGUGCCAGUUCCUGCGCCUGGAAGACCUGUUCAAGCUCGGCGAGCCGCACCACCGUAAGGAGCACUACCUGUCGGGAGCCAGGGAGGCGGACGGUAUGGCGGGUGUGGUGUUGGGAGACGACGACGGACUACCGGGAGAGAAACAGAAGCUGCCGAAGAAGAAAGGAGGCAGCCGGCUGUUCAUCGGCGCGGCCAUAGACGGCAAGUCGGAGUACUUCCCCACGCUGUCCAGCCGCAAGCUGGUGGCCGACGAGGAGAGCGACAACAUGUUCGGUUUGGUGUACCAGGACGGCUUCGUGUCGUCGCAGAUCAAGAUCCCCUCGGACACGCUCUCGCUUUACCCGGCUUUCGACAUCUACUACGUCUACGGCUUCGCCAGCCGCACCUACAUCUACUUCCUCACCCUCCAGCUCGACACACAGCUCACCCAGAUGGACGCCACUGGCGAGAAGUUCUUCACCUCGAAGAUCGUGCGCAUGUGCUCCAACGACACAGAGUUCUAUUCGUACGUCGAGUUCCCCCUGGGCUGCACCAAGGACGGCGUGGAAUACCGGCUGGUGCAGGCGGCCUACAAGCACCGCCCCGGCCGACGGCUGGCUCAGGCACUGGGCCUGUCGGAGGACGAGGACGUGCUUUUCGUGGUCUUCUCCCAGGGCCAAAAGAACCGGGCCAACCCACCUCGCGAGACCGUGCUGUGCCUCUUCACCCUGCAUCAGAUAAACCUGGCGAUGAGGGAGCGCAUCAGGUCCUGUUACCGCGGUGAGGGCAAGCUGUCCCUGCCCUGGCUGCUCAACAAGGAGCUGCCCUGCAUCAAUACGCCCAAGCAGAUUGGCGACGACUUCUGUGGGCUGGUGCUGAACCAGCCGCUGGGCAGCCUGCGGGUGAUCGAGGGCACGCCGCUGCUGGACGACCGCACCGACGGCAUGGCCUCCGUGGCCGCCUACACCUAUGGGGAGCACUCAGUGGUGUUCGUGGGCACGCGCAGCGGACACCUCAAGAAGAUCCGAGUGGAUGGCAUUCCUCCAGCAUCCCAGAGUGCUUUGCUGUAUGAGACGGUGACCGUAUCUGAAGGCCAUCCCAUCCUGCGGGAUAUGGUGUUCAGCCCGGAUUAUCAGCACAUCUACCUACUGAGCGACAAACAGGUGAGCCGAAUUCCGGUGGAGAGCUGCAGCCAGUACAGCACCUGCAACGAGUGUCUGGGCUCCGGCGACCCCCACUGUGGCUGGUGCGUCCUCUACAACAAGUGUUCGCGUCAGGAGGCGUGCGAGAAGUGGUCGGAGCCGCAGCACUUUGCCACCGAGCUGAAGCAGUGCACUGAGGUCACCGUCACACCCAGCAACAUGUCCGUCACCUCGCCCGCCACUCAGGUGAGUGUGCGGGUGGAGAACGUGCCCAGUCUGUCAGCGGGCGUCACCUGUCUGUUCGAGGGCAUGUCUGAGAGCCAGGGGGAGGUGCUCUCCAAGGGACAGGUGCUCUGCAUGUCCCCCACCCUCAGGGACCUGCCUGGCCUCACCAGCUACGGUGACAAGCGCGUGGUCAAGCUGUCUCUCAAGUCAAAGGAGAGCGGACACACGUUCAUCACCACUGACUUCACCUUCUACAACUGCAGCGUACUCCAGUCGUGUUCGUCCUGUGUCAGCAGUCCUUUCCCAUGCAACUGGUGCAAGUAUCGCCACAUCUGCACUAACAACGUGGCCGAGUGCUCCUUCCAGGAGGGCAGAGUCAACAGCGUAGAGGGCUGUCCACAGAUCCUGCCCACCAGCGACAUCCUGGUCCCCGCUGGCAUAAUCCGACCCAUCACGCUGCGCGCCCGCAACCUGCCGCAGCCACAGUCGGGCCAGAAGAACUACGAGUGCGUCUUCAACAUCCAGGGCAAGGUGCAGCGAAUCCCCGCCGUGCGCUUCAACAGCUCCUGCAUCCAGUGCCAGAACACCUCCUACGGAUAUGAGGGUAAUGAGAUGGGUGACCUUCCUGUCGAUUUCUCCAUCGUGUGGGACGGCGACUUCCCCAUCGACAAGCCGGCCUCCAUGAAAGCUCUCCUGUACAAGUGCGAUGCCCAGCGCGACAGCUGUGGCCUGUGUCUGAAGGCGGACAGUCGUUUCGAGUGCGGCUGGUGCCUGUCGGAGAAGCGCUGCCUGCUGAAGCAGCACUGCCCCAGCCCCGAGCACAGCUGGAUGCACCAGCAGCGACGCAACGUACGCUGCAGCCACCCACGCAUCAGCAAGAUCCACCCGCUGACGGGGCCUAAGGAGGGGGGUACGCGGGUGACCAUCGAGGGGGAGAACCUGGGGCUGCAGGUGCGGGAGAUCGUCGGGGUGCGAGUGGCGGGAGUCCUCUGCAACCCCGUCCCCUCCGAGUACAUCAGCGCAGAACGGAUUGUGUGUGACAUGGAGGAGUCUCUGCUGGCUAGCUCCCCCGGUGGCCCAGUGGAGCUGUGCAUCGGAGACUGCAGCGCAGAGUACCGCACCCAGUCCUCCCAGACAUACUCCUUCGUGACCCCCACCUUCGCGCGUGUGCGUCCAGAGAAGGGCCCCAUCUCCGGGGGCACGCGCCUCUCCAUCUACGGCAAGCACCUGGACGCCGGCAGCGCUGUCACGGUCACGCUAGCCAAUGAGGAGUGCCGAUUCGUCAGGCGCACCAUGCACGAGAUUGUGUGCAUCACCCCGCCGUCGGCCAGCCCCACCACAGGCCACGCGUCCCUCAAGCUCUUCAUCGACAAGGCGGAGGUCACCAACCCCGACGUCCGCUACACGUACUCGGAGGAUCCCACCAUCGCCACCAUCGAGCCCAACUGGAGCAUUGUCAACGGGAGUACCUCUCUGACCGUCACGGGCACCAACCUACUCACCAUCCAGGAGCCCAAAGUGCGCGCCAGAUACGGAGGAGUGGAGACCACCAACGUGUGCACGGUGGUGAAUGACUCCAUGAUGACGUGCCUGGCCCCCGGCAUCAUCUACUCCAAGCGGCAGGCCCCCGAGGCGGGCGUCCACCCGGACGAGUUUGGCUUCAUCCUGGACCACGUCUCGGCCCUCCUCAUCCUCAACGGCACGCCCUUCACCUACUACCCCAACCCAUCCUUCGAGACCCUGGGGACCUCUGGGAUACUGGAGGUCAAACCGGGAUCCCCCAUCAUCUUGAAGGGAAGGAACCUGAUCCCCCCAGCCCCGGGUAACGCCCGCCUGAAUUACAGCGUGAUGAUUGGAGAAACCCCCUGUCUGCUAACGGUCUCCGAGUCUCAGCUGCUCUGUGAUUCGCCGGACCUGACUGGAGAGCAGCGAGUCACGAUCCUGGUUGGAGGUAUGGAGUACUCCCCCGGCACGCUCCACAUCUACUCCGACAGCACGCUGACGCUGCCGGCCAUCAUUGGCAUCGGGGCGGGCGGCGGCGUCCUGCUGGUGGCCAUCAUCGCCGUGCUCAUCGCCUACAAGAGGAAGACGCGCGACGCCGACCGCACCCUCAAACGCCUGCAGAUGCAGAUGGACAACCUGGAGUCCCGAGUGGCCCUCGAGUGCAAGGAAGCAUUCGCCGAGCUGCAGACGGACAUCCAGGAGCUGACCAAUGACAUGGAUGGCGUGAAGAUCCCCUUCCUGGAGUACCGCACCUACACCAUGAGGGUCAUGUUCCCCGGCAUCGAGGAGCACCCCGUGCUCAAGGAGCUGGACUCCCCGGCCAACGUGGAGAAGGCCCUGCGCCUCUUCAGCCAGCUGCUCCACAACAAGAUGUUCCUGCUGACCUUCAUCCACACGCUGGAGGCGCAGCGCUCCUUCUCCAUGCGCGACCGCGGCAACGUGGCCUCGCUGCUGAUGGCGGCGCUGCAGGGCCGCAUGGAGUACGCCACCGUGGUGCUCAAGCAGCUGCUGGCCGACCUGAUCGAGAAGAACCUGGAGAACCGCAACCACCCCAAGCUGCUGCUGCGCAGGACGGAGUCUGUGGCUGAGAAGAUGCUCACCAACUGGUUCACCUUCCUCCUGCAUCGCUUCCUCAAGGAGUGUGCUGGGGAGCCUCUGUUCAUGCUGUACUGUGCCAUCAAGCAGCAGAUGGAGAAGGGUCCCAUAGACGCCAUCACGGGCGAGGCGCGCUACUCCCUCAGCGAGGACAAGCUCAUCCGCCAGCAGAUCGACUACAAACAGCUGACACUAAUGUGCAUCCCUCCGGAGGGCGAGGUCGGCACGGAGAUCCCAGUGAAGGUGAUUAACUGUGACACCAUAACCCAAGUGAAGGACAAGCUCCUGGACGCCGCCUACAAGGGCAUCCCUUACUCCCAGCGACCCCAGGCAGACGACAUGGAUCUGGAGUGGAGACAGGGGCGGCUGACCCGGAUCAUUCUUCAGGACGAGGACGUGACCACCAAGAUCGAGAGCGACUGGAAGAGACUCAACACGCUGGCACACUACCAGGUGACGGACGGCUCGCUGGUCGCUCUGGUCCAGAAGCAGGUGUCGGCCUACAACAUCGCCAACUCGUUCACCUUCACACGCUCCCUCAGCAGAUAUGAGUCGCUCCUGCGGACGUCCAGUAGUCCCGACAGCCUGCGCUCGCGGGCGCCCAUGAUCACGCCAGACCAGGAGACGGGCACCAAACUGUGGCACCUGGUCAAGAACCACGAGCAUGCAGACCAACGAGAGGGCGACCGCGGCAGCAAGAUGGUCUCCGAGAUCUACCUCACCAGGCUGCUGGCCACCAAGGGUACGCUGCAGAAGUUUGUGGAUGACCUGUUUGAGACGGUGUUCAGCACGGCUCACAGGGGCAGUGCGCUCCCACUGGCCAUCAAGUACAUGUUCGACUUCCUGGACGAACAGGCUGACCGACGCCAGAUCAGCGACCCAGACGUACGACACACCUGGAAGAGCAACUGCCUGCCUCUGCGUUUCUGGGUGAACGUGAUCAAGAACCCCCAGUUCGUCUUCGACAUCCACAAGAACAGCAUCACGGACGCAUGCCUGUCGGUGGUGGCCCAGACCUUCAUGGACUCCUGCUCCACCUCCGAGCACCGACUGGGCAAGGACUCGCCCUCCAACAAGCUGCUCUACGCCAAGGACAUCCCCAACUACAAGAGCUGGGUGGAGAGGUAUUACAGAGAUAUCAGCAAGAUGCCGAGCAUCAGCGAUCAGGACAUGGACGCUUAUCUGGUGGAGCAGUCACGUCUCCAUGGCACCGAGUUCAACACACUCAGCGCCCUCAACGAACUCUACUUCUACAUCAACAAGUACAAGGAGGAGAUCUUGACGUCGCUGGACAGGGAUGGUUACUGCCGCAAACACAAGCUGCGGCACAAACUGGAGCAAGCCAUUAACCUGAUGUCAGGCAGCAGCUGAGGACCGCCACUGAUGCAUCCUGGGAAGAGAAGAGGGGGAGGGGAGGAAGAAGGGGUGGGGGUGUGGGUGAUGGGGGCAAGGAAAUGCUGAGGUUGGAGUUUGAAAGUCUGUGUGAAUGCCUGCGUGGAUGUGUGUGUGUAUGUGACAGAAUGCGUUUUAUGUAGCUGUGUAUGCACACAGCUGAGGGGUGGUGUGGAGGUGGAGGUGGCAGGGGGCUUUUUGGG